GAGCAUUUAUGUUCCAUUCAGAGAGCAUUAAAGUGUGCGAGGCAUGAAUUUAAAUUGUAUUUAUUUCCAUAGGUAUAUUAUGUCACACUUUACAGUUCUCAUGUAUUUCCUGUGUUCAGGUAGUAGGGUGCAAAGAACAUUGUGUAGGGACCCUGUCAAUUCGAACACAGUUCAUGCAUGGCGCUCACUUCUAACAAACUGAUUAUCUGAAUCAGGUGUGCUAAAUAAGAGAGACAUGAAAAAUAUGCAGAGCAGUGGUACGUGAGGACUGGAAUUGAGAACAUUGGAGUAGAUUGUAAUGGGUUCACUGUAAUAAGUAUUAAACAUUUAGGUUGUUGGUAGUAUUCCUACCUAGUUAACAGAUAUUUGUCUUCAAGGCUGGCUCUAAGGUGCACAGACAAAGCAAUAACUGACCGUAAUCUGUACAUUUCAGGCAAGAAGAACUCCAUCCUGAUGCACAAAGUACAACAUGAUCUUAACUCUGGCGUCUUCAACAACCGUGAGAAUGAGAUGAUCCAGGAGAUUGUGAAGUACGAUCGGGAAAUGGUUAAACUGGUUAAACAAGGGGACAUGCAAAGGCCCAGGGCCAUGUCCAUGACUCCUUCAACUCAAGGGAACAUAUUUACACCUUCUAGUCAACCCUCUACAAGUUCUGCUAUUGCUAGCCUUCAGCAGGCUGUUGCCAUGAGCUUCUGUCCCCAGAUGGGCAACCCUCUAGUGGGUGCUGGGGCGGUCCAGUCUCCCCGCAUGGUUCGGCGCUUUCAGGUGGUCCAGAGCCAGACACCCCCAGGCUCCCAGUACUCCACCUUAGCCCUCGCCUCUGCCCUUGCAAGCACACCUGUCCACAGCCCUCUGGUAACUGCUGGACGAACAUUCCAUUAUGGUUCUAGCCCCCCAGGUGCACCCUCAGGCUCCCAGUUAUCCCUUGUACAGCAACACGUCCCCAGUCCCACACAUCGACCUCUGGUCCCCAGGAGCACUCUAAGCCAGGACGCCCGAGCGCUGUCCGCCUCCCAGCCAUCCUUACCCCAUGACAUGGUCCAGCCAGUUGCCCCAAGCCCUCCACAGUCCACCAGAGUCUCCUCCACUUCCAUCGGUCCCCCUCUGAACCUCCCGGGCCCUGCUGGUCUUAGAGGAAGUAUCCCACCAAGAAUGGCACUACCCCAUCAAAUGUCUGUAGGUGCAUUUCCUCCUGCGUCCCUCCCUCAGAUGAGAACCAUCUUGGAUUCAGGACUGCCCAAGAAGGAUUCAAUAACCAGUCUCCCAGAAACUGAGCCACAACACAUCAGAUCUAGAUUAUCGUCAAAUUUGUGACCACGAUAGAGUUGGCGGUCUCUGUCUGGGCCAGGAAUGUUUGGACUCUCCUUCACCAAGUACUAUUCCCGACCCCCUGUCAGAACUUUAAAAUUUACUCUCAGAAUGUAUGUGGUGUGACUGGUCACAAGGGCAAACAGACCCUAGAGACUUAAUAGUAUAAAAUCAACAUGUCCAUUCUUACCACAAUUGGAACAUUUCCAUUUUACCUAUGAUAUAAACAUCAAUGUAGCUUCCUCCCUCACAAUUUGCCUCUUUGACAUGCUUUUCUUUAUUGUAGCUGUUCACAAAGAUUACAAAUGUACCACUCCCUUUUAUAUACUGUAGUUCAAACGAUGCAAACUGAUGUGUGUCUGAAUACCGGUACUUAGCAGUUUGCUUCUGAUCAGAAAGUAGGAGCUUACUCCCUCUUCUUAACAUGAACCGGCUAGACAAUAGAUAUUUAACCUAUAAUGCACUAUAUUAGAAUUGAUGUAGAAAAAAUGUAUUCAACGGCUCGAGAGUCCCAAAUUGGUUUCGAAACAGGAUGUAUUCUUACUGGAACUGCUGUCCAUGUGCUUGUCUUAUUCCUACAGACCAAAGUUGGGCCCAUGGAAAAUGUUAACAUGAGAUGAUAUGUAAAGGUUUGUCAAAUGAAAUGAAAGGAUAAAAACAAAUACAAUUUCA